AUAUUUUCAGGAGCCAUAUUCCGCGUACCACCGAGACCAUCGAAGGUCGAAGAUCGAACUAUAUAUACGGGGGUAUGGUUCAAGUUUGAGCUACAGUUAAGUCGAGCUUCAUAGACCGGGUCGCCACGCUUCGCGCACUAUAAACAUGAACCGUUUGAUCGCCGCUUUCGCCAUCCUUUCGGUAGCCACCGCCGCCCCAGGUCACUGGGACCACGGCUGGGCCGGACACGGAGUAGCCAUCGCUGGACCACUCGGUCACGGAGCCGCACUUGUAGGACCCGCUCUUGGCCACGCUUCCCUCGUAGGACCCGCCCUCGGUCACGCUUCCGUCGUAGGACCAGUCGCAGGACAUGCCUCAGUCGUAGGACCAGCUGCAGGACCUACUGCCGUUGUUGGACCCUCUGCCGGACACGCUGCUGUCGUAGGCCCCUCAGCUGGACACGCCGCCAUUGUUGGGCCCACUGCCGGACACGCUGCUAUUGUUGGACCCACCGCCGGACACGCCGCUAUUGUCGGACCUGCCGCUGGACACGCCGCCGUAGUUGGACCCGUUGCCGCACCAGCCUGGGGACUCGGGUUGGGAGCAGGAAUAGCCGGACACGGAUUGGCUCAUGGAGUGACCAUUGCCGGACCCAUCGCCGUACCAGCCACCAUCCACGGACCUGCCGGUACCGUUCACGCCGAAGGUGUUUGGGGCCCAACCCUAGCUCAUGGUCAUGGUCAUCAUGGCCAUUGGUAAAGUGCCGCCAAUACUCUGAAGAAAAUGCUCCCUAGUAAAUAAUCUCCAGAUGGUUUCGGUAGAAGAAUCGUUGUAGUUCAUAUUAACAGAUAAUUCUUCUUCUUAAAGUUUAUCUGGAGAAGUUUUUACAGUUCGGGGGUCGACCUGAUUCUCAUGUGCCGUUUUUAUGUACCUACUGCCUUUUUAUUUUUGUAUAUUUUGUAUAUUAUAUAAAUUAUUUUACUUGCAAAUGUGUUCAAUAAAGGACUACAAGAAAU